AUGGCCGUCUGUCCCACCCCACAGCUGCACCCGCGCUCGCUGCGACGCCGUCUCCUCUACGUCUGCGUCCUGGUGCUGGCCCUCAGCACCAUCUUCCUGGGCUACACGCGCUUCGACAGCAUGACCGAGGCUGCGCAGAAGCUGCAGCCUCUCAAGUCGUUUCUCGAAAACGGCGGUCACGCCAACCAGCAGCAGCAGCAGCAAAAGGGUUGGUCGGGCCAGAGCUUCGCCGACAUCGCCGCUGCGCAGGAGCCCGUGCCGCCCAUGGUCUACGGCACCUACGGCCGCCCGCCGCUGAAGGAUGUGGUUCUCAUCGGCACCCUCGCCGCCGACAAGCUCCCGACCACGUCGCCGUCGUCGCACCGCCUCAUCAUCAUUGGCGAUGUCCACGGGCAGCUCAACGAACUGAAGGCACUGCUUGCCGAAGUCAAGUACGACGCCGCGCGCGGGGACCAUGUCGUGUUCACAGGGGACAUGGUCAACAAGGGGCCCGACAGCGCGGGCGUCGUGGCCCUCGCCAUGGAGAUGGGCGCCAGCGGUGUGCGUGGGAACCACGAGGACCGUAUCCUCCUGUCCUGGGAAAAUUCGCAAACAAAAUACGUCGUCGGGCAGGGCGCAGGGUCCAUCAGCGACCUGAAGGGUACGACGGCCGAGCAGAAGGACGACAUGACGGAGCCGGCGCUCGCAGCGCAGUCCGGCCUCCAGUCCGCCGAGGUCAGCGUCGCCGCGUCCCUGACGCCGGCGCAGCGCAAGUGGCUGAACGGCCUGCCCGCCAUCCUGAAGCUGGGCAAAAUUCCCAACUACGGCGAGACCGUCGUGGUCCACGCCGGUCUGGUCCCGGGCAUUGAGCUGACCAGCCAAGACCCGUGGGCUGUGAUGAACAUGCGCACGCUGCUCUACCCAGCCGAGCAGGUGCGCCGAGAGCGCGUCAAAAAGUUGCUCGAAGAGGUGGCGUCCGAGAGGGCGCGGAAACACGUCCACGUCUCGGACAAGGAGGUCGACGAGGAGAUGGUAGCAUCGCGAGCGCGGGGCGAGGGCGAGAACGAUUACGAAGUCGUGCUGCCCACUGCGGGUCGGGACGGUAGGCCCUGGAGCGAGGCAUGGGACGAGAGCCAAGGGAACAUUGCCCAGGAGGAGAUGAGGACGACGGUGGUGUACGGCCACGAUGCGAAGAAGGGGCUGACCAUCGGCAAGUGGACGUACGGCCUCGACAGCAGCUGUGUCAAGGGCGGAAGCCUGACGGCGGUGGUAUUCGGGCCUAGGAAGGAUAAAGAUGGCCACAAUAGAGUGGGCCACAAUAUCUUGAACUUCCUUGUAGCGCUGGUCUUUGUCUCAGCAAGACAAAAACGCGAGACAGCAUCUUCCGGUUCAGUAAUGUGCCGCCGCCUCCGCCAAAAGGACCGCAAUGGGCGAAGCUUGGACUACGAUGACCUGUGCGAGAGCGAGCUGAUCCGCGCCGUGGCCUGGUUCGGCUGCCUGAGGGACCGCGAACCCAAAUACCCCUACGGACGGGUGUCCAAGCGCCGCUGGCCCAUCAUCACCAGGUGGAUGCAGCUCCGAGGAUAUGGGUUCAGCCAGGCCAUGCUCCAGUAUAUGUGGAGGAGCAGGGUGACGAGACGGCUCAACCUCAACAAGAACGACGCCAUUCGCAGGGCGACAAGCGACAACUUGCCCCUGCAGAUCGCCAGGCUGGUCGGGAUCGAGGUCGACGGCGUCACGAACAACAACCCUAUCCCGGACGCCCCGGACCCCUCCGCCGAGCUGCCCCCAUGGCCAAAGGGCAAGGAAGCUGGCGGGAUGCUGCCCCCUGCAUUGAUUCGAAUGCCUCGGUCGCUGGGCAUCUCCCAGGUGCCUCCGUCCACCUCCGCAGCGCAGGGCAAGGGAGCAAGCGGAGUGACUCAGAGCGGCACCCAGACUCAGGACACCAUUAAUCUGACGCAGACGGGAGCUCAGGGGGCUGUAUAUUCUCAAGCCGCCCCCGGCAGAACGACGAUUAUACUGCCGGCCACCAAUGCCAACAACGCAAAUCAGCCUAGUAGAAUUCAUAUCAACAAUAGCAACGGCGCCAACCCCUUUCUGCAUUCCCAGUACGCGACGGUUCCGCCCUGGGACUUCAACGGAGCGCAAGGGCCUUCGGACUCUGCCCCUUUCCCUCCACCAGGUCCGCCGAAUGCGGACGGCACCGGGUUUGCCGCAGGCUUUCCGGGGUUCCAGCCUCCGUUCCAGACGGCCAGCAAGCACUACGAAGAACUCCAGGACAUCCAGCGCACGUUCCAGGACAUGACCGAGGCCCAGCGCGACGCCGUGCGCAUCUCGCUGCGGCUGGCGGGCCGCGCCAUGGGCAACGUCUACGUGCGCGGCGGCUACGACGUGGCGACCUGGGCCAUGAUCGACGACCAGCUGCGCUGGCAGUACGUGAUCCUGCGCAUGGUGUCGGAGCAGCGCGGCGACAAGGCCGCCGCCGCCACUACCAGCAGCAAUGACCAUGACAACGACAACAGUGUCCCCAGCGCAGGCGCGGCCGCCACGGCUCCGGCUCCGGCCCCGACCGCGCCCGAGGCUGACCUGUCGGCGUGGAAGGCGAAGCCGUUCGACGAGUCGCGCCUGGGCGAGGGCGUCGGCACCGAGGACGACUCGGACAUCAGCCUCGAUGGACUGCCGACGCGGCACGCGGGGGCGGCGUCGUCGAACCCUUUCUUGGCGGCUGCCGGGAGGGGCGCGCCUGUGGUUGACGCUGACGAGCAGUACCGCCUGGAUAUAAGCUCCGACUCGGAGAUCCGCGAUGACUUUGUGGGCCUGGACGAGGAAGAGGAGGAGCAAGAAGAAGAGGAAGAGGAGGACGAAGACGAAGAGCCGCCGCCACAGCUGAAGAAGACGAAGAACCCCUAUGCGGUGUCCAGCCACCACGAACCAACGGCCGAGAGCAAGAGGUCGAGACUCCGCGAGCUCUUCAGAAUGACCCACAUGCCGUCGAGGACGGAUCUCUUCGGCAGGCCCCGGGGCCCGCUGCAGGGGACCGGGGACAGGGGCAAAGACGCGGCCAAGAUCGGGCUUGUAAAGCGUUACAGCACAGGUGUUGUCCGCAGGUAG